CAGGGGCCCAAGUGGAUCACGCAAGACAGAGAAGGAAUGUCGUCUUCAAUGAGAGGUGGAAGAAGGACUGAAUCUAUGUGUACAAGGACAUCUCUUCAUCCUGAUGGAUUCAGAACAGCUUCUGGGAGACUAGCUCAGGUGACUUUUGAGGACGUGGUUGUGGAUUUCACGGAGGAGGAGUGGGCCCUGAUGGAUCCAGGCCAAAGAGCCCUUCAUCGGGAAGUGAUGGAGGAGAUUGUGGAGGCCCUGUCCUCUCUCAGUAAGGUUCCUGCUUUCUUCUGAUUGUGCAACUUUCUUGUGAUUGUGCAAGUGCUGAAAAGUAACCCUGGAAGUUUGUCUUUUAUCUUGAUAUAUUAAAGCAGGCUGAGUGGUUUUC